AUGUCUGGUGUUCAGCCUGUCGCAGUCUACGCCCUCCGGGUUCCUCCUGGAGUUAUGGUGCCCGCUGUGCCCGGUGCCGCCGCGUCGUUCCGUGUGAGCAUGGCCGCCAUUGACCCUGAUGAGGAGGCCGACUUCGAGGACGGCGACAGCAGCAAGGCCGCCCGCGCGACUUUGAAGAUUGUUCGCCCUCCUCCUGGUCUUGACCUGGAAGAGGGUGACGAGGACUACAGCGAUGAGGAAGAUGAUGAAGAGUACGACUCUGACGAGGAGGAGGUCAACGGUGGCCCCAGCGACAAGGAGAAGGCCCGCAAGCUGAAGCAGGCCGCCGCUCAGCGCGAACUUGCUGAGGCCAUGGAAGAGGACGACGACGAUGAGGAUGAGGAGGAGAGCAGCGGAUUCGACCUCAAGGCUGCUAUUUCUAAGCUCAUCAAGGGCAAGGAACCUGCCAAUGACGAUGAGGAGUCCGAUGAUGAUGACGAGUCCGACGAGGGCCUGGACCUGGACGAGAAUGUCAUCUGUACUCUGACCCCCGAUAAGAACACUCAACAGCCUCUGGAUAUCACCGUCUGCGAGGGCGAGCCCAUCUUCUUCAAGGUUACCGGUACUCACACUGUCUUCUUGACCGGAAACUAUGUCCUUCCUCUUGAUGAGGCUCGUGCUGGCUCUGAUGACGAGGAUGAUGAGGAUGACGAUGAAUAUGAUCUCUCUCCCGACGAGGACGAGCUUGACAUUGACGACAUCAUGGCCAUGGAGGACGACGAGAGCGACGACCUGGACGGGAUGGAGGAUCCCCGUAUUACUGAGGUCGACAGUGAGGAGGAAGAGGCUCCCAAGCUUGUUGAGGCAAAGGCCAAAGGCAAGAACAAGCGUGCUGCUGAGGCCGCCGAGGGACUUGACGACUUGAUUGCCAAGGGAGAGCCUGCCCUGACCAAGGCCCAGCAAAAGAAGCUCAAGAAGAACAACGGUGAUGCCGCUGCUGUUGAGCCCAAGGAGACCAAAGCCGACAAGAAGGAGGCUAAGGAGGCUAAGAAGGAUGCCAAGACCGAUAAGAAGGUCCAAUUCGCUAAGAACCUCGAGCAGGGCCCUACUCCGUCCGGAGACAAGCCCGUUGGCACUCUCGGCGUGAAGGAAGUCAAGGGUGUUACAAUUGACGACAAGAAGCUUGGCAAGGGCCCCGUCGCUAAGGCCGGCAACACCGUUGCCAUGCGCUACAUUGGCAAGCUUGAGAAUGGCAAGGUCUUUGACUCCAACAAGAAGGGCAAGCCCUUCUCCUUCAAGCUUGGCAAGGGCGAGGUGAUCAAGGGUUGGGACAUCGGGGUUGCUGGUAUGGCUCCGGGUGGUGAGCGUCGUAUCACUAUUCCCCCUCACCUUGCCUACGGCAACCAGAAGCUCCCUGGUAUUCCCCCCCAACUCCAAGAUGAUCUUCGAUGUCAAGCUGCUCGAGAUCAAGUAGAUUCUGUGUGUCCUUCCUUGUCCCUUCUACCACUGAUCUGCACGGGUGUUUUUGUGGCUCUUACGGUUUGA